AUAGUGAGAGCGGGGCGUUGAGAGCGGGGCGUUGAGAGCGUGUGGAUCCGUGGUGUGGGCCCGUGUGUCGGUGCUUCUAGCUCAUGGUGCUGCGGGAGUGGGGUCGAAACCGCGUCAGAUCCACGACAUGUCUAUCCGUCAGUGUGUGGAACUGAGCUGAGGAUGGUGCUUCCACAGACAUGUAUAUCCUACUGCUCCUCUCCUGGAUCCCACAGGCCGCCUUGGUUAAAAGUGUCCCUCCUGCUCCAGUGGGCGUGGUUUUGAAGUCAUCCAACAUGAACCACAUGCUGCAGUGGGACAGAGGUGUGGGAACACCAGCGGAGGUCACCUACAGCGUAUCCUUUUACACAGACAGUGAUCCACGUUCCAGAAAGGUGGCUGGAUGUGAGCAACUGGUGGAGCCUCUGGUUUGUGAUCUGACUAAAGACUUCUCUGACCCAGAUCAGACCUACCACAUGUGGGUCACAGCCCACCACAGGACUGAGCUGUCCUCCACACGCUUGUCCAACUUCCAUCCCAUCAGAGACACUGAGCUGCAGCCUCCCAUCCUGCGGUUGGCGCAUUGUGAAUCUUCUCUCUGCAUAGACAUGGAUGCUCCAGUACCUGAUCUCUACUCCAUUUACAACUCCUUUGGUUAUGAGCUGAAGGUUCAGAUGGACAGUCAAAGGCCCAUGCUGAAGUCCCUUUGGUCUCUCGAGAGAAAGGUGGAGCCUGGGGUCAAAGCGGGCUCCCAUUACUGCGUGUCUAUCCGCUUCUCCGAUCAAAUAGUUCCCCGCAACUCUGAUUUCAGCCCCCCUAAGUGUGUGUACAUCCACAGCCCCAUCUACAUAGAACACCCCCUGGCUGCUUUGGCUGGUCUUCUGGUGCUCCUGCUGCUGGUGGUUCUCACUGUCAUUUACUCAGGCUACAUCUGCCUCAGACCAAGAGGUCUGCCCUCAGUGCUGACCUCAACGCGUCACUUGGAGGAAAGGCUGAUGGUAUUCUUUCAUGACCCCAUCUCCUUUCUGCACAUCAUUACACAACUGGUGCCCUCCUAUGGACAGACAGAGUGCUGUACUUCAGAGUCGGACAACAGUGAAGAUGAGGGUGACUCCAGAGAUGGACAGGUAGACGCCACUGAUGAACCAUACGCAAGUAAAGGCUCACUUUGCUCCGCGCUGUCUCAAAGCCCCUCUGCCCCUCACGGCAAGGAGAGAAUGGAGAGAACAGAGGAUGAGAGGAGGGAGAGAGCAAAGGAGGAGAGGAUAGAGGAGGGGAGGAUGAAUGGAGCAGAGGAGGUGAACCUUCUCACUUUAAAAUUCAGCAGAGACACUGACUUGGAGCUUGACAGUGCAAUAGUAGUGUCUGAAAUUGACUUUCCUGUCUGUGAUGUAACAGAGGAGCAGCAUGAGCCAAAGGAGGACUUUGGGGAAGAGUGCUGCAAAUCUGGGUACAUGAGUCGAUGAUUCUAAUUUGAUAUCAGAAUUUGUUUUCUACAGUCAGAAAUGGUCAUCUUAUUUUCAAAAGAUACAAAAACAAAACAGAAGCUUCCUCAGAUUCCCACUACCAACAAACUUCCACCAGCUCUGGUAGAUAAGAUUAAGGUACAUUAAGGAAUCUGCCUUUUUCUUUUCACCCAUCCCUCAGCGCUGCUGGUUGCCUGGGAUCCAGAAUACAGACUUCUUCAAUACUUUAUGAACAUGUGAGUAUGGCCACCGGUGAAUCUCCUUAUUUUCGGAUGAGUGUGAUUGACAAGUGUAUUAGCUAAUCAGGGACACACAUGGUCUGUCCAUAUCAAAUCAAAUAUGGCUGCCUACAAGGAAAAAAAGGAAAAGCUAGGAAAAAAUAUCACAAGCGGCUGAGAAACAUUGCGGAUUUCUGCAGAAUUAAUAACCACUGAAAGCACUGAACUCUGUUAAUAGGAGGUGAGAGAAAUAUAAUUUUAGUUCCUUUGUGUCACUGAAAAAUUGCACGGUCAUGUUUGGUCAGACUUGAGAUGCAACAGAGGUUGUGGUGACAAGACUGAUAUCCCUGGUAAUAAUAAAAAAAAAUAAAAAAAUACAGAGAUAUGUCAUUCUGGAUAUGCUAGGCAAUGCUCCUUCGCCGAGCAUCGUACACUGUUUUUAACCACGUCAGGACUGACAAAAGAUGGAUAUAUUAUGUCUAAACAUAAAAUAUGCUGUGUUCAAAUAAAUGAAUAAUUAGUUCGGACGAUCUUAACGUGGUGGAGGGGUUUGAGCACCCGAAUGAGCCUGUGAACUAUGCUGUCGGGGGCUUCAUGCCCCUUGAAGGAUGACCCAUGGCAAACAGGAACUGGAUGAUAUGUCUGGGGUGAGGGAAGUCUGGGAGUCCCUGCUUAGACUGCUGCCCCCGCGACCCAGCCCCAGAUAAGCAGAAGAAACUGGAUGGAUGGAUGUACAGAAAAACAAACCAAUCAUCAAUGUCCUGCUAGAUCAGUGUUGCUGUAAUGGUGCACGCUUCAGAGUCUCAGCACAUUUUACUAUAAAGUUCAGUUUAAUUUUCUACAAAGGGUCAUUUGUGUUGCUCACAGUGCUGCACGUCACAUUUCUCAUGGUCUACAUGAUUUCAACACAGAAAUAUAACCAUGUCACAACUGUGCCAUUAUUGCACAACCCCAAUAAAGUGUUCAUCAUGUUAAACCUGUCUAGUCUGAUAUGGACUACAUUACAAUGGAAUGUGCAUAUUUGUUACCGCUUUUACAUCAAAAUUAUUGAGGAAAAAAAAUAUUAUUAAAAGAUUAUUACUCCUAUUUGUUGUGUUAAAGCCACAUUUUAGCCAAGACUAAAAUAAAAAUAUAUAUGAUUGGAAUUUAAUUAUUGAUAAAAAAAAUACCUUGCAAAAUAAUGCUGUUUUAAAAAAAGUAGGCAACACUACCAGUUAUAAGUAACAGGUCAGAUCAAUGGAGAGGUGUCCACACUCACAAUAAAAAUGCAUGUAUUUCAUGUUUAUUGCCCAUUGUAACUUCGCAGGCUGCUUUGUUAAGAGCUUAUUAUGACAACACCCUGAGACAUGUAAAUUGUUUUAAUAACUUUUGAUCCCAGAUAUGUCCUGGUGAUGCUACCUUAGUUUGGAGCCCAUCAGAUAAAAACUCCUAGGACAAGUUUAUUUAAGUAUGAGUGCUACAUUUUGGACAUCUGUAUAAUUAGAUUCAAAAUGGCUGCCUUCUCAUUAGUGUGGUCCCCACAGACGUUUUUGCUCAGGAUUACAUAAUGUUUGUGUGUACCAAAUUUCAUUAGUUUAUGACAAACUAAAAUUUUCUGUCCCAUUAGAAAAGUGUGCAGGGGGCUCUGGAGAACUAUUUUAAAAAAUAAACUUUUACGUUGCAUAUC